AUGAAUAAAUUAAUCAAUGAAGCAAUAUUAAAAAAUUAUUUUUCUAUGGAUACAGAAGAUGACGUAUUAUCACAUAAACCUGCAACAUUACAAGUUGAAUUUAUUCGUCAAAAAUUGCCAAUUAUUAUAUUCAUUAGUGAAGUUCAAUAUUUACCAUCAAUUACAUCUCUGUUAUUAAAAAGAAUACAACAAGUAUGUUCAAUCAUCUUUACAUCAAAUAAUUGUAUUUAUUCAUAG